AAUCACGUGUUGCUAGUCCGUUUUUUAAAGAUUUUUUUUCAAAAGAACUUGUUAGCCUAAUUUUAUUUCAUUUGAACCCAGAUCGCUCGCAUGUUUAAUGUGCAUGCGAUUUGUGUGUGUGUGUGGCUUGUUUUGAUCUGCUUUUGGUUCUGUCCGAAGAGUUUGUUUAUUAAAAACAAGUGUGGACGUUGACUGGGUUAAAUCAUUUACACACUCACACACACCUCACCCCGAUUACACGGAGCUGAGUUAGUUAAGGCUUGUGACGCGCAGGGCGGGCGAGGCAAAAAAAAAAUGCGAGACUGAUUCGGUUUCACUGGGAGGAGUGAAUGCGAGGGAGGGAGAGAAGGAGAGAGAGAGGGUGGAAGAGAAAGAGAGAGAGGGGGUGGAAGAGAAACAGAGAGAAAGCGAGCGGACAGCGCCAAGCACAGAGAGAGAAAAAAAAACAAGCAAAACUCCCAGACCCAAUGCUGCAGGCUUUCGCUUUGCUGCUGACCCACUCUCUCGCCGAGCUGGCAGCGCACUUGUUGACGCCGAUGGCUCGGCCGCUCGCCCCCUCCCUUCGCGGCUUGCUGCUCCUGCUGCCCCUGCUCGUCGCCCUGUACCCGGUCCCCGGCUGCGUGGCGCAGGGCUCGGUGAAGUUCACCUUCCGGGAGGAGCAGCCGCCCAACACGCUGAUCGGUAACCCGGGCGAGACACUGGGUCUGGAGCGAGAGAACCGGUUAUUCAAGUUGGAAAUGGGCCAGCCUUACCUCCGGGUGGACGAGACGGGAGGCAACCUGUACACCACCGAGACCCCCAUCGACCGCGAGCAGAUGAUGUGCGAGAGCCCCACCGAGUGCCAGCUCGAGUUCGAGAUCUCGGUCACCGACACCAUGUACAAUGCUGCCACAGUGCUCGUGGAAGGCAAGAUUUCGGUGCAGGACAUUAACGACAACACUCCCACGUUCAGCUCCCCGGUCAUCUCCAUCUCCAUUCCGGAACACACACCUCCGGGAACUCUGGUCAAUAUCCCCACGGCCAGCGACCGCGACGCCGGCACUAACGGAGUCGCCGGCUACGAACUGUUAGGCAACGAGGGACAGGGUCUGUUUAGCCUACAGGUGGCCGAGGAACAUGGCGAAAAGUUGCCUCAGCUGAUCGUCACCGGCUCGCUGGACAGGGAGCAACGCGACACUUACGAUUUGACUGUGCGGGUGGUAGACGGGGGUCAGCCCCCCCGGAGCAGUACCUCGGUGUUGCGGGUCACCGUGCUGGACAUUAACGACAACGCGCCCCGCUUCGAAAGGUACGCCUACCAAGGCACGGUGGAGGAGAACAGCCCCGCCGGUACCUCCAUCCUGCAGGUGAGAGCUACCGAUAUUGACAUGGGAGAGAACUCCCACAUCGAGUACACGUUCGCCCAGGCGGCGGAUAAUGCCCGCCGCCUACUCCGCCUGGACAAGAACACCGGCUGGAUCACGGUGCAGGGACCGGUGGACCGCGAGCAGUUCAGCCAAUUCAGGUUCUACGUGCACGCCCGCGACAAGGGCCCCAUACCCAAACAGGACAGGGCGUCGGUGGUGAUCACGGUGCGGGACACGAACGAUAACGCGCCAGCGAUCGACAUCCGAGGCAUCGGUCUGGUCACUCAUCGGGACGGCGUGGCCAGCAUUGACGAGGACGCGACGGUCGACUCCGCCGUGGCCCUCGUCCAAGUGUCGGACCGCGACGAGGGGGAGAACGCGGCGGUGACUUGUAUAGUGGCCGGGGACGUCCCUUUCCAGCUGAAACCCGCCAGUGAGUCGAGCAGCGAGAAGAAGAAGAAGUUCUUCCUGCAGACCACCACCGCCCUUGACUACGAGAAGGUGCGCGAGUACCUGAUCCAGAUCGUGGCGGUGGAUUCGGGCAACCCCCCUCUUUCCAGCACCAACACUCUGAAGGUAAAGGUGGUGGAUGUGAAUGACAACGCGCCCAGCUUCGCGCAGAGCCGCAUGCAGGUGGGGAUCUUGGAAAAUAACCGGCCCCCGACCUCGCUGCUGCGUGUGGAGGCCACGGACGCCGACAGCGGAAGCAAUGCCGAGCUACUCUACUCCCUAUAUCCCGACCCGACCAUCCAGAACUUGUUCCAGAUUAACCCGGACACGGGCGAGGUGAGAGCCAUCUCGGUGCUGGACCGCGAGCUGAGGGAGCGCUACGAGUUCAAAGUCGCCGCCGCCGACAAGGGGACCCCUAGUCUGAAGGGGACGGCCACCGUUGUGGUCAAUGUGCUGGACGAGAACGACAACGACCCCCGGUUCAUGCUUAACGCCUACAACUUUUCGGUGCGGGAGAACCUGCCCCCGUCCAGUCCAGUGGGCAUGGUGACGGUGACGGACCUGGACAAGGAGGCGAAUGCGCGGUUCACCCUGUCCGUAGAACCAGAUAAUGGCGAGUUUGAGAUCCAGAACGGCACGGGUACCAUACUCUCUCGGGUCUCCUUCGACCGGGAGCGCCAGAGCACCUACACUUUCCAGCUGAAGGCAAUAGACGGCGGAACGCCCCCCAGGUCAGCCUAUGUCAGUGUUAUCAUUAAUGUUUUGGAUGAAAACGACAACACACCCUUCAUCACCCAACCAUCCAAUUCCUCCUUCCAACACAUCAGUCCUCUCACCCCCAUUGGCACACUAGUGGAACGAGUCAAAGCCGAAGACAUGGACAUUGGCCCCAAUGCCAACUUGACUUAUGAGAUCGUUGGAGGUAACCCCUUUGACCUGUUCCGCAUCUCCGCUGUCGGGAACGUGACCCUGGAGAAGGAACUCAUGCGCAGGCACUACGGGUUGCACCGCCUUGUGGUCCAGGUGAGGGAUGGGGGCACGCCAGCCCGCUUCGCCACCGCUUUGGUUCACUUGUAUGUCAACGACACCAUGGCCAACAUUAGCCUGGUGGAAGCCCUGGUGGGCCACAGCCUCAACACCCCGUUGAACGUAGACAUCGCCGGAGACCCCGAGUACGAGAAGAGCAAGCAACGGAGCAACGUCCUGUUCGGAGUGAUCGCUGGGAUUAUCGCAGUCACGCUGGUGAUCGUGGUGGUGGUCCUGAUCCGCUACUGCAGGCAGAAGGAAGCCAAGAGUGGAUACCAGGCCGGCAAAAAGGAAACCAAGGAUUUGUACACACCCAAACAGACCAGUAAAAACACCAAGCACAAAGUUAAGAAAAGCAAACCGUCCAAACCCUCCAAACCUCUGGACGUCGAGGAGAGCGGCGCCCAGAGGGGAUUACAAUUCAACCUGAUCAACGAAUCGAGCACUGACAGUCCACGGAUUCACCUGCCACUGAACUGUAACCCGGGUAGCCCCGACCUAGGGAGACACUACAGGUCGAACUCUCCUCUCCCUUCCAUCCAGCUGCACCCGCAGUCCCCGACUGCGGGGAAAAAGCACCAAGUCGUGCAAGACCUGCCCGCAGCCAACACCUUCGUCGGGACUGGGGACAGCAACUCUACUGGCUCGGACCAGUACUCAGAUUACAGCUACAAGACCAAUCCGCCCAAGUACAACAAACAGAUGCUGCCUGAUCUGCUGAGUUCAUCCAGCAUUUUGAUUAUUGCUCCAGAGUCCAGCAUCCAUCGUCUCUAGUGAGAUCCUCAUUAUCUUUUGUGAAGACCUCCACCAUCAGAGAGGAGGUACGGGAGCAUGAAGACUCACACUCAACGAUUUAGGAACAGCUUCUUCCCUGCAGCCAUCAGAUUUCUGAAUGGACAAUGAACCGAUGAACACUAACUCACUGCUUUGCUUUCUUUUUUCACUAUUUAUUUAAUCUUUAAUUUCUUAUUGUAAGCUAUAGUCAUAUUUUCUAUGUAUUGCAGUGCAGUGCUGCUAAAAAGCAAAAAAAAAAUCACAACAUUUACAGUAUUGUCUAAAAGUCUUUGGCACAUAUGUAUAGCCAGGGUGUCUAGGACUUUUGCACAGUGCUGUAGUAAUUUUAUGUAUUGCACUGCACUUCUGCCACAAAAAAAACAAAUUUCAUGACACGAGUGAGUGAUGAUUAAUCUGGUUCUGAUAUGGGUCUUCAUUGUCGACUGAGAUUGGGAAGGGGAGCAAGGAGAGGGGAAUCAUGGUUGGGAAAAGAAGAAGGGAGAGGGGACGGAGCAGGAAGCACCAGAGAGACAAUCUGUCAUAACCAAUAAUCCAAUUGCUUGGAAUCAAAUGAACUUGCCUGAUGUCUCAGGGUUGGGUGGGUCUGUACUCAUGCCACUCACUACCACCCCUCCACCUCACCCCGAGCCUGGCACUCUUUCUCUGCCGCCUGUUCCAGUCCCCACCUGCGGCGCUCCAGCCACAUCAUUCCGAACAUCCUCGGCUCCCACCAGACUUAUAAGCUGUUGCGCCACUCCACGUCAACAAGCACACGGUACUGUGCCAAAGUCUUAGUCACCAUAGCUCUAUAAUAUGCACUUAAGACUUUUGCAGAGUACUGUAUUUAACACAAGAAACUCUGCAGGUCCUGGAAAUCCAGAGCAACUUACACAAAAUACUGGAGGAACUCAGCAGGUCAGGAGAGCAGAAAUAUAUGGAAACGAAUAAAGAAGAGUCAACAUUUUGGGCCGAGACACUUCAUCAGGACUGAUGCUGCGAUAGAUGCUGCCUGACCUGCUGAGUUUCUCAGGCAUUUUUGUGUUUGUUAUUCUUUUUGCAGCAAUGGCUCUAUAAAUUGCUGAAUAGACAAAUCUGAGUUACAUAAAAUUAAAAGUAUUGCACAACACAAAUAGCAUAUCAAUAUCAUAAACAGGAAAAAUUCUGCAGAUGUUGGAAAUCCAGAGCAACACACACAAAUUGCUGGAGGAACUCAGCAGGUCAGGCAGCAUCUAAGUCAAUGUUUUGGGUAAAGAUCCUUCUUCAGGACUGGAAAGGAAGGGGGAAGAUGCUAAACUAAAAAGAUGAGGGGAGGGGUAGGAGAAAAGUGAAGUCAGGUGUGUAGGAAAGAUGAAGGGCUGGAGAGGAAGGAAUCUGAUAGGACAGCAGAGUGGACCAUAGGAGAGAGGGAAGGAGGAGGGAAUCGGCAUUUUGGCAUUUGAGGAGGCCAUGAACUGACAUGUUGGAGCGGGAAUAAUCGUAAUUAACAUAAUUGCAGGGAAAUAUAGUCUGAGGUAGAAUUAGGGAUUCACAGCGCAUAGAUUAAUAAAAGACUGAACACACUGUUGCUAUCCAGGUUUUUUUUUACAGAAAUUAAAAGCAAAAAUUAAAUUACUAGUGCAGCAGGUAAAAAUUCAUUUAUGAAAGCCCCUGUUAUUAGGUGAACAAAUGAAUUCCCAAACCUAAGUGCUCUGGUGGAAUGAAAAUCCUUUCUACAUGUUCCAACAUGUCUUGGAGUGUUCAGCUCCUUAUUUCCCAGCACAUAUUAAGCUAUGGAACUGCUCUUCAGCUUUACCGCCAGAGUGGGGUUAUUGAAGGUGCCAAGCUGUCGAAGCUUUGCACAACAUUUCCCUCACGUCAAUAACCACUGUCUGCACCGAUGGCCAAUGUUAAGCAGGCAUGGGCCAGUAUAUCUCUCUCUGUCCAGAUGCAAAGAGCCCUGCAAUAUUGCACUGCUUGGCAUCUUGAUAUAUACAGUCUGAUGGGAUGUACGGAGAACAAGGACUUGCUAAAGUUAUAGAGACAAGCAGCAUGGAAACAGGCCAUUCAACCCAUUCACAUUAAUCCGUUUUUUUAUUCUCUCCAAAUUCUCAUUAACAUCUCCAUCUUCUCAUUGCUACCAUCAGAAAGGAAGUUCAGAUGCCUUGGGACCCGCACUAGCAGGUUCAGGAACAGGAACACUUCAACCAUCAGGCUGCUGGGUUAUCUUCACCCAUCAUAACUCUAAACUGAUUACACAACCUAUGAACUCACUUUCGAGGACUCUGCAACUCAAGUUUUCCAUAGUUGCUUCUUCUUAUUAUUUCCUUUUUGUAAUUGCACAAUUUGUCAUCUUUUGUAUAUUGGCAUUAUAGUCAUUGUGUGCAGUUUUUUUUAUUGAUUCUAUUGUGUUUCUUUGUAUUUACUGUGAAUACCUACAAAAGAAUGAAUUUUAGGAUUGUACAGUAUAUGGUGACGUAUAUGUACUUAUAUGAUAAAUUUACUUUGAACUUUGAACUCCAGCUAGAUUGUACAAAGGCUAAUUUAGAAUUGACAAUUAACAUACCAACCAGCACAUUUCUGGGAUUUUGGAGAAAACUGGAUCACAUGGAUGAAACUCACGCAGUCACAGGGGGUAACAUGCAAUCUCUGCACAUGCAGCAUUGGAGGUCUGGAUUGAACCCAGAUUUCUACAGGUGUGGAGCAGAGGCUGUACAAGUUAUGGCGAUGUUACACAAAAUAACCCUUGUUAGCUGGCUAUUGAAGGCUAUGGAAUAUGCUUGGUGGGAUUUUCUGGGAUUUUCAAGGUCUGAAUUUCUUUCCCAGAUGUCAGGGGGAAAAAAAAACUGAACCUGCAUUUGUGUAGCAAUGUUCAAAAUCCCUCAGUUCCAAGGUUUCAGGAUGUGAUAAAGAGCCUCAGUCCAAAAUGUCAACGGUUUAUUCCUUUCCAUAGAUGCUUCCUGACCUAAUGAGAUAGAUCCUCCAGCAUUUUGUGUGAGCCGGUAAUUCACUUUUGUGUUGUGCUGUCCCUGCAAUGCACCGAAUUUAAAAAAGCCAUUUUCAAUCUUAUCUAAUCACUAUCCGAACAAAAUUUCCUUUCUAGUCUGUUGUGUGAUGCAUGCCAGGAUUUGCCUUUGAAUAUUGAUAUUUUGCCCAGCUUUCUCAAUCCACAUCUUUGCUGACACAUAUAAAUUAUGGUGUGGUUCUUCUUAAUUAGUUUUCUAUUUAAUGAUCUGGACAUAAUUUCAGUAAUUGCUAUUAUGCAGUGUAAAUAGUUAAUAGUGCCGCACCCUAACCUUACUGUUUGCAGUCGCUGAGCAUUAUAGAUUAAUAAUGUGUCCAUGUCUCGGUAAACAUCGAUCUCCAUUGAGUGUAUUUGCAUGUGCAUCUGUGUGUUUGUAUGCGUGUGUCUGAGUGAGUCCAAAAGUGUGCAUCUGUUUCAUGUGUAUAUCUGUAUGUGUUUGUGCGUGCAUGUGAGAGUAACUGCCUGAACGUCUAUGUGUGUGCAAGAAAAAGAGAGAGAGGAGGGAGGGAGACGGAGGGAGGAAGAGGGAGAGGAGGGGAGAGAGAGAGCAUGUAUAGGGGCUGCAUUAGGUGCCUCAUCUUUUUCAGAAUUUCACUGUGGCUGUUCACUGAUUGUAAGUAUAAAGCGGCUGCUGAGGGGAAUGGUGUAAGUUGUCAUUUGAAGACACUCCCUUGUGCAGUUGGAACUAACUGUCGGGGCACCAUUACUGGAGUUGCCCCAUUUUGCCCUGGAGAUAUUGCUUUGAUAAUGAGACCUUUGAAAGUUUAAAUUAACUCUGUUGUGUGACAACUUCAUUAUUGCACAGAAUAUUAUUGAAGAACAAUCCAAGAUUAAAUAAGGGAAAUACAAAUUCUAGUUAGAAGUGUUAUUGUGUGGUAGAAAGAUGUUGUAACACACAACAUACUUACAAGGAGCACUGGCACAAAAAAGCAGCAUCCAUCGUCAAGGACCCCAUGAUUCAGGCCAUGCUCUUUUCUUGCUACAACUAUUGGGCAGGAGGUAGAGCAGCCUUAGGUUCCACACUAUCAGAUUCAGGAACAGUUGUAACCCUACAACCUCCUGAAUCAGGGUAGAUAACUUCACUCACCUCAACACUGAACUGAUUGCACAACCUACAGACUUCUGUUCUCAAAGUUAAUCAUUACUUGCAAAGAAAUUGUUUUCUUUUGCACAUUUUUGUCGGUCUUUUUGUCAGUUUGUCAGUCUUACUUAAGUAUAAUUUUUCAUAUAUUCUAUUGUAUCUCUUUAUUUUUCCUGUAAAUGCCUCUGCAAGCAAAUGAAUUUCUAGGUAACAUAUACAUAAUUUGAUAAUAAAUUUACUUUGACAUUGAUUUUGACAUCUUAUUGACCCAGCCUCCUGAGGCUCUGCUACCGAGGUUAGACCAUUCAACCCCUUGAAAGGGUUCUGUAAGUUACCACACCGAUCUGCACUUCUCCUCAUUAGUCAUGCCAUGGAGCAUCAUGAUUAGCCCAGUGAUAGUGAUUAGCCCUGCGCUUUACAGUACAGGCAACCUGCAUUCAAUGUUUUUCUCCUUUAUUCUGCUCCUUUAUUGUACUAAUUGUUUAAUUUUAUAUAUACGUAUAUCUAUAACACAUUUUUAAUUAAGUAAGUACAUAUGUGUCACCAUAUAUGUCACCUGAGAAUCAUUUUCUUGCAGGCAUACACAGUAAGUCCAAGAAAUACAUAGAAUCAAUGAAAGAACACACCACACCUAUCAGGUUGUACUGAUAACCAAAGUGCAAAAGCCAACAAGCUGUGCAAGUACAAAAGAAAAACAAAUAAUAAUGAAUAAAGAAUAAAUAUCUACAACACGAGCUGAAGUGUCCUUGAAAGUAUGUCCACAGGUUGUGCAACAGUUGAAUCAGAAUCAGAUUUAUUAUCACUGACACGUCGUAAAAUUUGUUACUUUGUGGCAGGCGUCACGAAAAAAUAUGAAUAAUCGUGCAAAAGAGUAAUAGCAAGGUAGUGUUCAUGGGUUCAUGGACUGUUCAGAUAUCUGGUGGUGGUGGAGAAGCAGCUGUUCUUAGAAAGUUGACUGUAGGGCAUACCCUGGGUGGCAAGGGUCUUUCAUAUUGGAUGCUGCCUUCUUCAGGCACCUUUGGAAGGUGUUCUCGAUGGUUGGCGGGCUUGUGCCUGUGAUUGAGCUGGCUGAAGCCUCUUAUGAUCCUGUGCUUUAGUUCCUCAAUACCAGGAGGCGUUACAAUCAUUCAGAAUUUUUGCUGAUAUACUAAUUCUUCUCAGUCUUCUGAUGCAGUAAAACUGGCGGCAUGCCUUCCUUUGUGAUUGCAUUAACACGAUGGGCCCAAUAGACACCAAUAGAAAUCAGGACUCAGUGGUGAGAUUUCUUCUGCUGUUAGAUAUGGCAAUUACUUGACAUAUUUGUCAUAUAUAUGUUACCUUCUACGUACUGCCUCAUGUUGUCUAGGUCUUGCUACAUGCCGCAGCAUUAUACCAUAAAAUUCAGAGCAGACGGACAAGGGUUAGUAUGUUAACACAUCAUCUGAAGGGUGACAUUUCCUUCAGUACAGUGCUGGAAGUUCAUCUAGAAUUAAUAUGCUUCCGUCCUGGAUUGUGGACAACUUGACCCUAUAAACUUCUGAGUAAAUAGAAACAAUUAGAACUGACAAUCAAGGGCCUCAGUUUGCCACUUAGAGAUUUUUAAUUGAGACUUUAGCUCCUGUUAGAGGGAAUUAAGCUUGUAUGUGAAUCAUGUGGACUCCACUUAUCUUUGUUGAGAGUAUUAAAUUUCCUUCAUCCAGGUAAACACAAUAGUCUGCAAAAACAGCAGGGCAUAGAGAUUCUUAGAAAUACUACCAAUAAUUACACCACAUGUGGGAAAGUCUGUGCUUUGACAUGCCAGAAGCCCUCAGGAGAGAUUUACUUUCCAGCUCCAUGCCAGCACUCCGAGUGGCUCAACCGCC